AUGACUACACCUUCAGAGAAUAAAAAUCAAAUAAAGAUUAAAUUCUUUACCAAUGAAGAAGAUGAAUCAUUACAAGUAUCUGAUUCUCCACUUUAUGUUCCUGUCACUCUUAAAAGAUUUGGUUUAUCUGAAGUUGUGAAUCAUUUAUUAGGAAAUUUCCAAUCAUCUGAAGAUGAGGAUAAAAAACCAAUCCCAUUUGAUUUUCUUAUAGAUGGUGUUUUAUUACGUACUUCAAUUGAAGAAUAUUUGACUAAACAUGGUUUAUCCAAUGAAGCAUUCCUUAAUUUAGAAUAUACUAGAGCCAUUUUACCACCUUCAUUUUUAGCUUCUUUCAAUAGUGAUGAUUGGAUCUCCUCUAUUGAUGCCAUAAAUUCUAACAGUAAAGCAGUCAAAAGCUCACAAUUAACUAUAUCACAACCAAAAAUAUUAUCUGGAUCUUAUGAUGGGAUUGUAAGAACUUAUAACAUGUCAGGAAAAGUUGAAAAACAAUACGUUGGACAUUCUGCUCCAAUUAGAUCUGUCAAAUGGAUCACUCCUACUAGAAUUGUAUCUGCCGGCAAUGAUAGACAAGUAAGAUUAUGGAAAACAUCAUAUGGUGAAGGCAAUGUUAUAGAUGAAGAUGAAGAUGAUGAAGUUGAAGACGGGAAAACUUUAGCCAUUUUAGAAGGCCAUAAGGCUCCUGUUGUUGAUUUAUCUAUUGAUUACACUUCUAAUAGAAUAUUAUCUGCAGGUUAUGAUCAUAAUGUUGGUUUCUGGUCUACUAAUUACAAAGACAUGCAAACUAUUCAACCUUUGGAAUACGAUUCAAAUGUGAUUUCUUCCAGUUCCAAAAAGAGAAGAAAGAUGGCAGUUCAAGAUUCAACUAUUAGACGUCGUUCUCCAUUACAGUUAUUAACUGGUCAUAGUGAACCUGUUGAAGGGGUCAUUUUCGAUAGUAAUGAUUCCACAGUUGGUUACUCUGUGUCUCAAGAUCAUACUAUUAAAACUUGGGAUUUGGUUACCUCAAGAUGUGUGGAUACUAGAACUACAGGAUAUUCUUUAUUAUCAGUGUUGCAAUUACCUGAUGUCAAUCUUAUUGCUACUGGUUCUUCUGCUCGUCAUAUAAACUUACAUGAUCCAAGAAUGUCAACAAAUGCCAAUGAACAAACUAUCAACAAGUUGGUUGGACAUACCAAUUUCGUGGUUGGUUUAACUGCUUCUCCACAUAAUGUCAACAUGUUUGCUUCUUCAUCACAUGACGGUACUGUUAAAGUAUGGGAUGUUAGAGCCGAAAAAUCUUUAUACACCAUAACAAGAGAAGAUGGAUCUACUAAUGCUAAAAUAUUCGAUGUUUGCUGGGAUUCUCAAAUUGGUAUUAUAAGUGGUGGUGAAGAUAAAAAAUUACAAAUCAAUAAAGGUUCAGAUAUAUCUAAAUAG